GCAACAGACGCCGAGACGGAAGCACCGCCGUCCACUACCCCAAUCAGUGCCAGUCUGCUGCAUGGCACUCCGAGGAACGGUGCCAAUAGGAUUUUUGACCGAGCAGCCUUCGCCCGCCUCUGCUGCUGCUGCCUUCUGCUGCUCGUCUGCUCAGAGAGCUGAAUAUUCCAGAAGAUCGGUCUAUGAUUUUAAAAGUCGAGUUUCUAAACUGCUUUUUUCGUGUGAGAACUUUUGAACAAUUCAUCUUCGAAAGGAAAAGGCAAGAAGGACGGCGUGAACUCCCAAGGCACUGUUUCCGAUGAAGAAGUUUUUACUUAAUUACGGAUGAACAUUUUACGACAGUGAUGAAUUGCGGUUGUUGAACACGCUGUAUAACAAAUAGUUUUCUUAAGACGAAGUGAUCACUAACAAGAAGAAACGGAGAACAAAUUCUGUUCAUCAGGCAUCAAUCUUGCAUCAGGUGAACACAGCUGACAUCAUGAAGAAGUGCUGUUGGUGUUGCAUCAGCCUCCAAAAAGGGGUGGUGGCCAUUGGCGUUCUAAGCAUGAUCGCUUCCACGCUCCUGACGGUGGGCUACGGCGUCGUCUCAGUCACCCUGGAGGAGCACGUCGCGGCCUGCAGGAGCGGCGAGCCCAAGGACCUGCUGGGACUCCUGCCGACGUGCGAGGCCCUGGGGGACGCCGGCACGCUCUUGACCGCCCGGAUCUUCGUGUACGUGCAGGUGGCCGUCUGGGUUCUCUUCCUCGUUUUCUCUGUGCUGCUCAUCGUCGGCGCGGUCAAGGAGCGGAGCGGGCUGCUGGUCCCUUGGCUGGUGCUGUCCGUGGUGGUGAUGGCGGCCGUGGUGUGGGCGGGCGUACGGGCGGCCCUGCACCACCACACCUUCGACCUCCUCGCCUCGGUGCUCGCCCUCGCCGUGUGCGCCUACUUCUGCCUCGUCGUCCGCUCGUACUCGAAGCUCGUCAAGAAGCAGGGCCUCGUGCCGGUGCUCGUGCCCUCCACCUUCCACGCCCAUCUGCGCCGCCCGUGCGAGUGCUGCUGCGAGGACGAGGUCUUGUCGACGCCCGCAGUCGGCUCCCGCACCCCAACCCGCACCCACAAUCGCCUCGCUGGGUCUCAGCAGGGGCGUGACCAACCACCUGCCUACUCUCCACGCCCACCAACGCCCACGAAGAAGGGCCCACCGCCCACGGGGCUCGGAUUCAAGAUUUGAUGGGCGUGCGGACGCUGAGGUGCGGGAAUACCUCGCAGAUGUUCGUUAAACAGGAUCACCUUUUCUUUUAGAUUUGAUGAGAAACUGUUGGUUAUUAUUUUUAUUAUAGUGAUGAUCAUUAUUUUGCAAGUACAACGUGCGCCUUUAUUCUUUUUCUUGCUACUUCCUUUACUUAUGCCAGGAACACAGAUGUUUUGCCAAAAUUAUGUUGUUCCUCGAUUCUCCGCAUGAUUUUUAUUCGUUUUUUGUCUGUUCAUCGUUGUAUUUCUUCUAUUCUUUACGUGUAAAUUACAGAUGUGAUAUUUGUAAAAUCAUUAUAUGGUUUUAAAUGAUGUAUAACAGCUUCAGUUUAUUUUCAAUUAUUUUUCAUUGCGACAUAUUUUCCUCUCGAAGGAUAUUUUCCUUUCGAAGCAUACACACAUUUUUCUGUCUUUGAUUCGUUUAUUUUUCUUUUCAAGUGGCACAUAACGAUCUCAUUCAUUGUUUUGGGUUACACACAUUUUUCUGUCUUUGAUUCGUUUAUUUUUCUUUUCAAAUGGCACAUAACGAUCUCAUUCAUUGUUUUGGGUCAAAGUUCCUCUGGUUUUAAGCUCGUUUUAGCCUUUGCCGGAUCAGACUUUCCUUCUGGGUCUAAAGUAAAAUAUGAUGAACAUACAGUCGCAAGCUUAUAAACACAUGUUAACACACAUUGUAGCAAACACACACACAGAAACACACACACACACACACACACACACACACACACACACACACACACACACACACACACACACACACACACACACACACACACACACACACACACACAAACGCAGAAAAAAGCAAAGAUAGGUACAUGCAUAUAUAAACAAAAAAUAAUGGUGUUCAUAUUCCGUAUACGACUCAACUGUGGAUCUGACAAGUCUAAUAUAUUAGAAACAAAAAAAGUUGUGGUCUAUGUUUAUUUUUUCUGUUCAACUAAUGUAUAACAAUGAGCGUUAAUGCUGGAGCAAGCUUAAUGGUGUGUAAGUAGAUACGUAUAGACGGUUGUGAAAGUCAUCGCAUCAAUGUCCGUUUUCUGUAAUACAAACGGUUUGUUUAACUUCGGUGAGAAAGAAAAUGGUUACUAUAUCUAGGUAAGCUUUUUAAGGCUUUAUAACAUUAUUCUUAUCAAAAGUUUUAUGGCAAUAUUUUUGUUCCUUGAUUACCUGUAACACAAUCGUUCUCAUACCAAUAAGUUUUUAAUUAUUGUCAUUGUGAUUUUUAAAUGCUUCCGCUAUCUUCGUAUAGUUACAGAGUAAAUUAAAUGUAUAUAUUGUUAAAUAAACUAAC